AUGAGCUCCUCCGACGCCACCAAGGACACCACCACGCCAUCGACCCCGCGCCCGGUCAUUUACCUCGCGGGAGACUCGCUGACUCAGCGAGGCACCGACCCGGAGAAUGCCGGCUGGGUCGCGUUGAUGCAGCACCGCUACAACCGCUCGGCCGACAUCGUCCCCCGCGGACUGUCGGGAUACAACACCAAGUGGUUCAUUGAGUCCGCUCUGCCUGUGAUCAAGCGCGAACUUUCCGCUGAAGUGCGUUCGCCCAUGCUGAUCACGUUGUGGCUCGGCGCCAACGAUGCCGCCCUCCCCGACGGCGGCGCGGCGCGUCAGCACGUCCCCGUUGCUGCGUACAAGGAGAACCUGGUCAAGAUCGUACAGACCUUCCAAACUAGCGCGCCCAACGCUCAGAUCCUGUUGAUCACUCCGCCGCACGUCGACGACGCUGUCCGCAAGUCGCGCUCGCCUGCUGGACGCGCUGAGCGCACCAACGCCGCGGCUGGGGAAUACGCGCGCGCGUGUGUGGAGGCUGCUGAUGAACUGAAGCUCAACGUCGUGGACCUGUACUCGUUCUUCAACGCCAUGUCCGAGAGCGAGCGUGCUGCGUGCUUGGACGACGGACUCCACUUCACCGCGAAGGGCAACCGCAUAGUGGACGAACAAGUGCACAAGAAGAUCACUGAAGCUUUUCCCGAAGUGGUGAAGCAGCUCGAGACGUGGCAGCUCCCGGACUUCCACGUCUGGAUGGAUGCGUAGACAGUAGCAAAACUGCCAUCGAGUACAGCUUUGCUCCAGGCCGCACACUCGCACCGGUUCUUACCGGUUGGUUUUCCCAUCUGCCAUUCCUUGGUAUCCAUGCCACGUGUGACGCUACGCAGCGUGGUGCCGGUUGUUGUGGCCUUUGCUGCAGUCUACUUUGCGUCGUACUUCGGGGCAUGGGAGCAAACGCUGCAGACAAUUUGUAGCAAUCCUGCUGCGACUCGCCCGACGUUGUUGCUCCUGGGCGACUCGCUCACGGAGCAGGGCGUUGACCCCGACAAGUCUGGGUGGGUGGGUGGCUCUGCUCCAAAACCGCUACCAACGAUCGGCUGACGUCCUGCCCCGCGGACUGUCAG